GGGAAGCCUUUGCUAUCAGCUAGGCACAGGGCUCCUUCGCCAGUUCCGGUCACGUUGCUGGGUGUUUACGCCUGGAUCCCGCCCCGGACCCCCUUGUCGGCGCCUGGGAGCCCCCCCGGAGUCCCGGCCUGACCGCCAGCAGCCUCGCAGCAGCUGAUGGCGCCGCAACCCGGGAAGGCGCUGCGGAACCCCGGGCGCAGCUAGCUCUGGGAAGAAGAGCUCCUCCCCGCACCCAGCCUGGCCCAGACAUAGGGCCCCGCUGGCCCAUCACUCCCUCGGGUCCCGAAGGUGGGUCCCAGGACUGGGUUGCCAUGGAUACUGUGUCCCUGGAGCAUCAGAUCCAAAGCGUGCAACGCCAUAUCAGCUUCCUGAAAAAGGAGCAGAUGGCCCUGCUGCGAGACCUGCACCUGGAAAUCCUGAGGCUGCAGAAACGCUGCUCAGAACUGACCCAUGACCUGGAGAUGAGAGAAGCCCAAUCUCACCAGCAAGAGGCGGCGUCCCUCGAGCUGGAGAGCAAGUGUCGCGCGCUGGAGUCGCAGCUGGCGGCCGCUGCCAAGGGCCCCGGCCGGGACUGGGCCGCCUGGGACCGCGGGGCUGGUGCCCUGGACGACACCGACAGCAUGCCUGAUCCCGCGCUCUUCCUCUACGCCCGGAGGCCCCCGCGGCCUGGUGGCUGCGGCCCGCGCCAGCAGCCUCCCCCGGACCAAGUCGACCUGCAGCCAGCGCCCUGCCCGAACCGUCCUGCAGCGCCCAGCACCCCGGGUGCGCCUGGGGUCCCGGAAUAG